AAGUAGAAAUCAUUAAUUUUAUUUUCCAACCAUGGUGUUGCCAGCAAACAUUAAUGAUGUUCCUCAUUUUGUAUUAUUUCCCUUAAUAGCACAAGGACACAUUAUACCUAUGAUAGACAUUGCUAAACUGUUAGCACAACGUGGUGUUAUUGUUACCAUAUUUACUACACCAAAAAAUGCAUCACGUUUUACUUCAGUUCUUUCUCGUGCUGUUUCUUCUGGCCUCCAAAUCAAAAUAGUAACACUCAAUUUUCCAACAAAACAAGCAGGGUUACCAGAAGGGUGUGAGAAUUUUGACAUGGUGGAUUCAAUAGACAUGAGAAUGAAUCUCUUCCAUGCAAUCACCUUGCUCCAAAAACCAGCUGAAGAAUUGUUUGAUGCAUUGACACCAAAACCAAGUUGCAUAAUCUCUGAUUUUUUCAUUCCUUGGACUAUUCAAAUAGCUGAAAACCAUAAAAUUCCAAGGAUUUCAUUCCAUGGGUUUUCUUGCUUCUGUCUCCAUUGCAUGCUCAAGAUACAAACUUCAAAGAUUCUUGAAAGAGUCGAUUCAGAAUCUGAGUAUUUUACUGUGCCCGGCAUACCUGACCAAAUUCAAGUCACCAAAGAGCAGAUACCAGGAAUAUUGAAAGGUGAACUGAAGGAGUUUGGGGAGAAGAUGCAUGAUGCUGAAAUGAAGUCAUAUGGUGAAAUCAUAAACACUUUUGAGGAGUUGGAGAAAGCAUAUGUUAAGGAUUACAAGAAGGAAAAAAAUGGCAAGGUAUGGUUUGUUGGACCAGUUUCACUUUGCAACAAAGAUGGUUUGGAUAAGGCACAAAGAGGUAUUAUAGCCUCAAUAAGUGAACAUCAUUGCUUAAAGUGGCUAGAUUUGCACCAACCAAAGUCUGUGGUGUAUGCUUGUCUUGGAAGUUUAUGCAACUUAAUUCCUUCACAGCUUAUGGAAUUGGCUUUGGCAUUGGAAGCGACAAAUAGGCCAUUUAUUUGGGUUAUUAGGGAAGGAAAUAAAAGUAGCGAAGAGUUGGAAAAAUGGAUUAGUGAGGAAAGAAACAAAGGGAGAGGCCUUAUAAUUAGAGGUUGGGCUCCACAAGUGCUAAUAUUAUCACACCCUUCAAUUGGAGGAUUCUUAACACAUUGUGGAUGGAAUUCAACACUUGAAGGGAUAAGUGCUGGUUUGCCAUUGGUAACUUGGCCGUUAUUUGCUGACCAAUUUUUGAAUGAGAAGCUUGUUACUCAAGUGUUGAGGAUUGGAGUGAGCCUUGGUGUAGAGGUUCCAAUGAGGUUGGGAGUGGAAGAGAGUUUAGGUGUGUUGGUGAAGAAGGAAGGUAUUAAAGAGGCAAUAUGCAUGGUGAUGGAUGAGGGAGAAGAAAGUAAAGAGAGAAGAGAAAGGGCUAGUAAACUAAGUGAGAUGGCAAAAAGAGCUGUUGAAAAAGGUGGAUCCUCUCAUCUUAAUAUAAAUUUGCUUAUCCAAGAUAUCAUGGAACAAUGAUCAAGCAGCAGAGUUGACACAUGAAGGGAUACAAUCUAUAACAUCUGUCCUUUUGAUGUCAUUAUCUGUUUUCUUUUUAUUAUUAUUGCAUAUUCCACGCUGCAAUCAUGAAGUUAUGUAAUAAGUUACAUGCUUGAAGAUGUAUUCAAUACGUAUUUAUAUGAAGAGGGUGCUAUAUGUUCUCACUUCUUUAUAACAAUAAAUCAUUAUUAUAAAAGUCCACCUGACAAAUGACAU